AUGAGGUCAAAUCAGCGUGUGGAGGAGAUACCAGAGGACUUCUGGAUUCCUGUUCCUCUGGACACCAACAACAUUACAUCGAUGAGCCCCUACCUUGUUCCACAGGACCACCUUGGGAGUCCAGCACUCUUUUAUUCGAUGUCAGCAUUUAUGUUCAUCUUAUUUGUGGUGGGCACCGCCAUCAAUGUCCUCACCAUUGCAUGUACUGUCCAAUACAAGAAGCUGCGCACCCACCUCAACUACAUCCUGGUGAAUUUGGCUGUUGCCAACCUCCUCGUCUCCUCUGUGGGUUCCUUCACUUGCUUCUACUGCUUUGCCUUCAGAUACAUGAUCCUUGGUCCACUGGGCUGCAAGAUUGAGGGGUUCACAGCUACUAUUGGUGGUAUGGUCAGCCUCUGGUCUCUCGCAGUGGUGGCCUUUGAGAGAUGGCUGGUCAUCUGCAAGCCACUGGGUAACUUUGUAUUCAAACCUGAUCACGCUUUGGCUUGCUGCACGCUCACUUGGAUCUUUGCUUUAACGGCUGCAAUUCCCCCACUUGUUGGAUGGAGUAGGUACAUCCCAGAGGGCCUGCAGUGUUCUUGUGGACCAGACUGGUACACCACCGGCAACAAAUUCAACAACGAGUCCUAUGUGAUGUUCCUCUUCUGCUUCUGCUUUGCUGUCCCCUUUACCACCAUUGUAUUUUCUUACUCCCAGCUGCUUAUAACACUGAAAUCAGCAGCAAAGGCACAAGCUGAUUCUGCCUCCACCCAGAAGGCAGAGAGGGAGGUGACCAGGAUGGUGGUGGUGAUGGUGUUUGGCUUCCUAGUGUGCUGGCUACCUUAUGCUUCCUUUGCUCUUUGGACCAUAAACAACCGUGGGGAGACCUUUGAUUUGAGACUGGCCACCAUCCCCUCCUGCCUGUCCAAGGCCUCCACGGUCUACAACCCAUUUAUCUAUGUCCUCCUCAAUAAACAGUUCCGUUCAUGUAUGAGGAAGAUGCUGGGGAUGAGUGGAGGUGAUGAAGAGGAGUCAUCAACAACAAGUCAGUCAUCAGUGACUGAAGUCUCUAAGGUCGGACCUGCGUAG